GCUACGUAAUUUUGAUUUUUGAUUAUGGUGUGUGAUGAACGUGGCUCAGUGAGGAACUCGGUGUAUUAUGGUUUUCUUAUCAUCGUAAAGUAAUUAAGUGUAUAAAAAAUGUCUGACGUAAUAGUGCCUAAAGGUCAACCUGUUCCCGGUGAUCCAGAAAAAAAGGGGUGGCUUUUUAAGUGGACGAACUACCUCAAGGGAUAUCAAAGAAGAUGGUUCGUGUUGUCAAAUGGAUUAUUAUCGUAUUACAGAAAUCAAGCCGAAAUGACACAUACAUGUCGGGGUACAAUAUCACUUCUAGGAGCUUUGAUUCACACUGCAGAUUCAUGUACAUUUGUGAUUAGCAAUGGUGGCACACAGACCUUUCAUAUACGAGCCCAUGACGAAGUUGAGAGACAAAGUUGGGUGACAGCUUUAGAACUAGCUAAAGCCAAAGCAAUCCGUGCACAAGAAUCUGAUGAUGAUGAAGACCAAAUGUCAUCUGGACCUGUGGCUGGGGGUGGAACUGAAGGUGAAGGAGAGGACGCAGGGGGAAUAGCUCGUGAGCUUGCAGCAAGAUUUCAUGAUCUACGUACAUGUUCUGAACUGGUGGCAAGACAUGGGGCAGCUCUGCAAAGGUCACUCGUAGACUUAGAGAUACCACCAACUGACACAACUAAGCAAGUUUCAGAGCGAGCUACAUUAUUUAGGAUAUCUUGUAAUGCAAUGAUGAAUGCUUGUUCGGAGUUCAUGAGUGCGGCUGCAGCAUCCAGCGCCCGUAUGAGUCGCGCUCUGCAACACGAGCGCGAACAGAAGAUGCGAUUGCAGGAGGUUGUAGAACAACUUGCAAGACAACAUGAUAACUUAGAAAAAACUGUUACUGCUAGAAGUACACCACACACAGGUGGUAACGGUUCUGGACAAGGAAACGAUACAGAAGAUGAAGAUCAUGAGUUCUUCGAUGCUAUGGAAGAGGAAGUCUCUUCUGCAAUGGAGGAUAAGACAUCCUUUGUAAUUAAAGUGCCUGUAAAUAGAAAAAAUAAAGUAAAGAGUGGUGAAAGUUCUGAUGAAUCAGAAGGUGAAACUGUGACAGAAACUCAACAGGUGAUAUUUGUGGAAGAUAAAGAAAGGCCAGAGAAUACAAUGGGUGGAGCGGAGGCAGCUACUGUCAGCAAACCAGCUGAUAACAAGGAGGAACAGGAUAUCAAAGUAUGGCCGCACGUGUCGCAAGUGACGGGCAUGGUGAACGGACACGUGCGACGUACGUGCGUGCCGGACAAGCCCAACUACCCGCUCUCGCUGUGGUCCAUCAUGAAGAAUUGUAUCGGCAAGGAGUUGUCGAAAAUUCCCAUCCCGGUGAACUUCAGUGAGCCGCUGUCCAUGCUGCAGCGGCUGACGGAGGACUACGAGUACUCUUCGAUCCUGGACCAGGCUGCCAAGUUCAGCGACCCCGCGCAGCAGCUCGCGUACGUCGCCGCCUUCACCGUGUCUUCCUAUGCGACCACGGCCUGCAGGACAACAAAACCCUUCAAUCCUCUCCUGGGAGAAACAUACGAGUGCGAUCGUAUGACGGACCUCGGAUGGCGAUCCAUAUCUGAACAGGUCUCUCACCAUCCGCCGAUGGUGGCGCAAUUCUGCGAGGGCGUGGCGGGCUGGCAGUGCUGGCAGGAGUUCACCAUGACCACCAAGUUCAGGGGGAAAUACCUGCAGGUCGUCCCUCAGGGCGGCGCCUUUGCCCAGUUUACUAGCUCAGGCAACAAGUACACGUGGAGAAAGGUAACAACAACGGUACACAACAUUAUUGUUGGCAAAUUAUGGGUGGACAACCACGGAGACAUGGACAUCGUAGGCGAGUCCGGCCCGGCCACCGGCUACGUGGCGCACCUUAAGUAUCUUCCCUACGGGUACUUCAGCAAGGACACGCAGCGUAAAGUCACCGGGGUCAUCAAAGACCCGCAAGGCGUGCCGAGGUAUGUUCUGCAAGGACACUGGGACAGCCGCGUGGAGGUGGCCGCCGUCACUUCUGCAUCGCCCGACAACACCGUUUGCAAGACUGGCAAGUUCGCACUCGCCUGGCAGCGAGUGCCGGCGCCCCCUGAUUCCGACAAAUGGUACAACUUCACCCUACUUGCCGCCCAGCUCAACGAGCCCGAGACCGGAGUCGCGCCGACCGACUCGCGGCAGCGACCCGACCAGCGCCUCAUGGAGGAGGGCCUCUGGGACGAGGCCAACGCGGAGAAGCUGCGGCUCGAGGAGAAGCAGCGCGCCGCGCGCCGCGAGCUGGAGGCCGAGGCGGAGAGCGCGGCCGCGCGGGGCCUGUCGCCGCCCGCGCCGCCCACGCCCGCCUGGUUCACGCGCCAGGCCGCGCCCGGCCAGCCGCACCUGCGCCACCUCUACAACAACCGCUACUGGGAGAGCAAGCGGCGCGGCGACUGGACCGGCUGCCCCGACAUCUUCUAGCGCCUCACGAGAUCCGAGCGAGUCGUCGAUCGACUUGGGCCGAGUGAGGACGCGCACGCGGCGUCCGCCCGCCCUGUUCGCGUGCCGUGUUAAAUGAAGUUAAAUGACUGCUUGUUAACUUUUAAUUGUAUGAUUAAAUUGUAUAGUGUGCGUCUUUUGGGAGUACAUAAGCGAGUAUACACGAUUAUGUCUAAUGUUAUAAUUAAAAGGUUAACAUUGACGGAAAUCAUGCGCAGGUAUGGAUUAAGAGAUACGAAUUAAUAACAGAAAAUUUUAAAUAGCUUCGAAGCUCGCAUAAACGUAGUCCAUAAGCGUGUACUGUGGCCGUUAAUGAACUGACACAAAUGUAUUGUUGCAGAGAACCACGAGGUCCUGAACAUUUUCUUUGACUUCCUCUCGACUCUUCUAUUUUUGUAUUGAUUUUAAAGCUGAUUAGUGAUUACAACAAGGUUCAUUUUUACUGUUUAUAAAGUUAGUGUUUGAGCAAAUAUUUUAAUGCUUGGAUGACGAUACUGCGUGCUUUUAAGUUUUAUUAUUCGAGUCUCAUUAAAUAUGUACAUAUUAAAACUCAAUUUAUGUAAUUAUCGAUUCUACAUAUGAAAGUUUUAUGCACCCAUUCCAUACAUUAAUUUUAUUUCAGCUUUACAGGUAAUAAGCUUAUACACAACAGAAUUAUGGUUAAAAUAUUGAAAAAUUCAAACUGAUUUGUAGUAUUUUUCAACAAAAAGUCAUUUUUGUUUAUUCCAUGUGGAAUGGCAUGACAAACUUUGCCAUACAAAGGUUUUGUUCUGUAGACAAUGAGAUCUAGUAUAUUUGUAUAACUACUAUGAAUUUUCGUUAAAACCAUCAUGACACGCUCAGAUUCUGAUUGAUUAUUUUUAAUUAUACAGAUCCAAACUGACCAUAUUAAUUAAAUAACAUCUACUUGGAAUGACACGACUAGAAUAUUAAGUAUAUUAAAAUAUGUUAUAUUUAUUUAACUAGUUACUAAUGUUUUUUUUUCUAAUUUGAACAUGAAGUCAUAUUAAAAACUAAUAUAUUAAGUUGAAAAUUGGGUUUUUUUUGGUAAAAAAUCAUUUUAUUGUAACUAUACCGAAGCCUGUCAUGGUAUAGGCCUAUUAUUUAGUUGUUAAUAUUCAGAGUAAGAAGUUGAGAAAAUGUUGACAACGAAAGGUAUUUACUCAUCAGCAUUCGACAAAAAGUUGAUUUAUAUUUUUCUAGUAUGUUGCUGUAAAUAUGAAGACUGGGAAUAAAAUCUAAUUGUGUAUAUUGUAGUCUUGUUCGAGCGAUAAUAUAGAUUAAAUAUUCACAGGCUGUUCCUACAUAAUUAAUCUUCUAUCAAAUAAAUGCCUUGAGAAACAUGCAAAAAAUUACAAUUUAUGUAAUUACGAAUAUUUUAUUUAACAUGUAAUAAUCUUUACCAUUUGCUCUUUAUUGAAACUCCAGAUUUUUUAUUAUUAUAUUUACUAUAAACAUAGUGAAGUAUUUGAAUAUUAGCUUUACUAUGCUUAAUAUUAGGAAAUUAUAUAUUUCCGGUGCUACUACCUUUUAAAAAGCACUCCUUUCUAUUUUCUAGAUACCAUAGAAAUUAUAAUAGUGAGCACCGAACGAUAAUUAAAAAUCAGUAAAAUAAUUAGGUAAUUAUAGAUCACUCGAAUUAAACUUUUGAAGCUUUUUGAACGAAUCAUUGCUGAGGUCAAAAUAUAAUCAUUAAUAUUUUUAUAGUACACUAAAGGAACGCUAUAAAAACAUUAACAUUUUGUCAACUCCUGUGUAAUUUAUUUCUUAUAUUUUAACAAAAAAUCCACUUUGUAUUUCAAUAAAAGCUUAAGUGUAAGAAUUUUGUUAUGCUGUAAAAUAAAAAAGAUUUAUUUUGGGACUGGUAACUUUAUAAGACAGUUUCAGACAUAAUAAAAUUGCUCUUGCGUCCAAAUAACGUUUAGUAGGUACAUUGAUUGAAACGAAAGUCUCAUUUAAUAAUUACUUACAAUAACGAUUAUUAAUCAAAAUAUUAUAUUCAACAUUCGCGCUGUAUCUCGAUAAAUUGUGCAAAUUCCUAACGUAGGAGCAAUUGAUUAUUUUGUAAGUGUUAAAAAUUGACUAAUUGACUUAAAUUGAUAUCAAUGUUACCUCAGUGUAAGUUGUUGUGCCAUUGAUAUCGAUUUGCAGUAGUAUUUUAUAAGAUCUAUUACAAAUUGUACAUUUUCAAGUGGAUGUAAAAUAAUUUGUUAAUAUUUUAUUAUAAUAAAAUAUAUUUGAAUACAAAGCCAUAACAUCUGUGUAUCAUGUUGAUUUUAAAAAUAAAAUACGUCGCAGUAA